CGGUUUGGACAUCGAUCUCCCAGCACCCCGCCAGCAAUAUAACACGAUGGCCCCCAUCUCUCCCAAACGGCGAAAGCUGCAUCACAAUAAUGAUGAGGCAGACUCUGCCAGCGAGGGUUUCGAAAGUGGCGGCGACGAUGUUGGCUCCCAGUCCUCCGCUGACGAGAGAACAACCACCGCACCGUUGAAACAAAUGCAAGCACGGGCGAAGCAUGUCAAAGAUAUCGAUGAAAGUGCCCUUUAUUCUGGAGGGCUUUACAAGUCAAACAUGUUCAAGCUGCAGAUUGACGAAAUGCUUGCUCAAGUGCAACCGAACUACGAGAAACGAAUGCCUGGCGUAAAUGAAGCUUUGCACAGAUUGAAAAGUCUAAUUGAAGCGAUUGAGGAUCGGGAGAUGCUUCCAAUCUCAGAUGCAAUAAAAAUGCUACACAAAGCACACAAGAUCGUCGUUCCUUUUCCAGACCCCAAACCUGAUAAGAACGCUGCAUAUAAACUAGCAUAUGCAAAGCCAUCGAAGAUAAAUGUUGUUGGCAGUUAUGCUAUCAAGACUAUGAUCAAGUCAGACAGCGCACUAUCUGUCGAUAUGGUGGUUGUCAUGCCACCAUCCAUCUUUCAGGAGAAAGACUUCCUCAACUAUAGAUACUUCUACAAAAGAGCAUAUUAUUUGGCUUGUAUCGCAGCAGGCCUGCAGAGCACUGCGCCGGAUGAGUUUACAUGGACGUUUGAGUAUCUAAAUGGAAACAGCCUCCAUCCAAUCUUAGUUGCCAAGUUAAAUUCAAAGAAAACGAAGUCAGAGUCGCAUUUCGAGAUUCACAUCAUCCCUGCUGCGCCAGAAUCCUUCUUCGCAGACUCAAAAUUGCGCCCCACGAAGAACUCGAUCCGGCCAAAAAAUGGACCAGAGAACCAGCCGACUACACUACCGCCUUCUCCUUUCUACAACGCCUCUUUGAAGUCUGAUUGCAAUUUCGAGCCCUACCUUAAGCUUCUUCAUUCCGCCUCGAAACAAGAAAGUGGUUUCAAGGAUGCCUGUAUCCUUGGCAGAAUCUGGCUUCGUCAACGAGGAUUUGGAAGUUCUAUUUCAAACGGAGGGUUCGGGCAUUUUGAAUGGGCCGCUUUAACAGCCCUCCUAUUAAAAGGCGGCGGACCAAAAGGACAUGCCUUUCUCUCACCUGGCUACAGUAGUUAUCAGAUGUUCAAGGCUGUUCUGCAAUUUGUCUCGACAACCGACUUAGCCAAUAAACCACAGCUUUAUGAGGCAGCAGACUUUGUUCCUACGAAAUCAGACACGCCAAUGUUUUUUGAUGGUCCUCGAGGACAGAAUAUACUCUUCAAGAUGACACCUUGGUCAUAUGAGCUUCUACGCGAGGAGGCGAAGAUAACAGUCGAGAUGUUGAAUGAUUCGACUUUUGACCAAUUCGAUUCAACAUUCAUUGUACGGACUGCUCAACAUUUGCAAAAGUUUGAUUGCUUGGUCCGUGUACCGAUUCCCACCACAUCACCAGAAACAUUUUCAUGUGAUCACAAGCCACACUUGGCCAGCUUCAGUGGCCGCCUCUUCGAGGUGUUACGGGAAGGUCUCACAGAUAGGGUGAGUUUCAUUGACAUUAGGGGACCGGAUUUACCUCCUUGGUCGCCAAAAUCUCCAUGCCCAGAAAUCGGAGAGCAGUCAUCGUUACUUGUUGCUGUUCUUUUCAACCCAGCAAACAUUGACCGCCUUGUGGACCACGGACCAUCUGCAGAGGAGAAAAAGAAAGCUGCUAAAUUCCAGAAAUUCUGGGGUGAGAAAGCGGAGUUGCGACGAUUCAAAGAUGGUAGCAUUCGUGAGAGUUUGGUGUGGUCGCCUGGCUCGUCAUACGCAAUCUUCCAGGAUAUCUUCACUUACCUCAUCAAGCGACAUUUUGAACCAGAGAUGAGUAAAAGUCUCACAUUCGUUGGCGAGGGAUUCGAGAAGUUACUGCCUGGUUAUGGACAAGGUGCAAAGGCUUUCGAUGCUCUCAAGCAGGCCUUCAAUAGCUUCGAAAGACAAAUUCGAGAUCUGGAUGGUUUACCCCUGCAACUGAGACAACUUUCAGCCAUUGACCCCCAACUGCGAUACUCAAGUAUUGAUUAUCCAUUAUUCAAUCCUCGACAGCCUUUGGAGAAGCCUGCCGAUGUUUUGAUUCAAUUUGAAGGUUCCGGAAGGUGGCCCGACGAUAUCAUCGCAAUCCAACGAACGAAAAUCGCCUUUCUGCUAAAGAUAGGCAGUCUUCUACGAGAAGUUGAUGAUAGCAUCACAACUAAACUUGGCCUCGAAAACGAAGACCAACCGUUGAAGAAUUGCGCCUUCCUGGAUAUAGUCUACGAAUCUGGUGCUUCAUUCCGUCUCCGAAUCCACAAUGACAGGGAGCAGACUCUUCUUGAGCGUCAGGUCAAGGAUAAACUGCUUGAUCAACGUACUAGGGAGGAUGCUGCUUCGGCAUUGUCAACAUAUAAACGAACAUUCUUACAACUGCCUCUUCAUACCCAGUCAAUUGCAACUCAUUGUACUCGCUUUCCCCUAUUAUCUUCGACAAUUCGUCUCGUGAAGAUGUGGUUUGAUUGUCACAUGCUUUCGAGGCAUAUCAGCGAGGAACUUAUCGAACUCCUCGUCGCACGAAUAUUUUUACAGCCACAUCCGUGGCGGGCUCCAUCGUCUGCGAUGUGCGGGUUCUUGAGAACAUUGUUGUUUAUAGCCAGGUGGGACUGGCGCUCCACCCCACUCAUUGUGGAUUUUACUGGGACCUUGACCAGCAAUGAGGUCACUUCUAUCAAUACCCGUUUGGAAGCAUGGCGGAAAAUUGACCCGGGCAUGAAUCGAACUGUCAUAUUUGCAGCAUCUAACCAUGAUACGACCGGUACCGCUUUCACAGACAAAGGCCCCUCAAAAGUGGUUGCCGCACGUAUGACCGCACUUGCUCGUUCUGCCUGUAAGCUUCUCAAAGACCAAGGUAUGGAUCUGAAUCCAAAAUCUCUGUUCGUGACCUCGACAACAGAUUAUGAUUUUGUGAUCCAUCUGGCCCCAAAGUUUGCCGGUGAAUCUGUUCGGAAAAGCUCAACCAAGCACAAAUUCAAGAAUCUCGAGGUACAAUCGGAUGUGAACCUUGAGUUAGUCGGAUAUCAGCCUGUUCAGCUGUAUCUCAAUGAGCUUGAGAAACUAUAUACCAGUACUAUAGUCUUCUUUCACAGCGCGGUAGCUGGAUCGACCAUUGCGGGAUUGUGGAAUCCUCAGACGCUAGCCUCGCGAUCGUUUAAGGUUAAUCUCCCAUACGCCUCGAAGCUAACUAUGGGAACGGAUAAGGGAGAGGUUGAGCUUGAUAAAGAUGCCAUCUUGGCCGAGAUUGCAAGACUUGGAGGGGACAUGGUCCUGCGAAUUGAGGUUCAUAGAUGAGCAUUCUGUUGCGUGGGAGAAGAGAAAUAGCCGGAAAAUAAUAUUGAACCAUUGCAUCUACCUCAUUCUGUAGAGGCUCUAUAAUUGGCUCUGCGAGUUCGUGAGACCAAUUCGAAAUCAUGCCAUUUAAAGAUAACCUGUCUUCCGGUGCGCCAUGUACGUUCUAGGAGAUGGCGGGAUGUCGAGUCCCUGAGUUUUCGCGCCCUCUAUCUUUCUCAUGGCCAGAUAGAUAGCCGUUCUGCUUCGGGAGAUAUAAUACAUAUACAU